UGAACUCCACUGGUCACUGCUUCCUUGUUGGUUAUCCAUUAUUCAUUUUUACAAAUACAAAUACUAUUGAACUUAUCUGUCAAUGUACACAUUGUAGUCAUUGCUGUAAACACAACUAAAUAAUCUCUGUGCUUAAAUAAAUAAUCUUGUUUUUAAUUGGUCAUUUAGUAAACAAAAUUGUAAAUUUCAUGAGCCAUUGUUUAAAGAAUUAUUCCAGUGAAAAACUCAUUUAUAUCUAUGUGGGCGUGUGAAUAUCUGUCAGUUGAUGUAUAUAUAAUUCAUCUUAUUCUGGACCAAUCAGAUUAUUGUAUUUGAUCUGUGUUGUUUUAGACAUGUACACGAAGGUCACACAUCGGUCUAUAAUAAUGAUAGGGUUGAAAAUAAUGAUUCACAAUUUAGUUCAUACUUAGCAUUGUAGGCUGAGUAUGGUAGCGAAGGAUUUCAUUGAAUUUUUCUCUAAAUACAGUUAUGGGAAUCGUGUAGCUGUUGAGGAUUUUUCCGAUCGUCUUAACUUAUUUACAGUUGUUUUAUUCCUCUUAUCAUGUUUAAUUGUGUCAACAAAACAAUAUUUUAUGAGUUCGAUCUCAUGUUAUAUUCCGGUAAAGCCUACGGGCGAUAAUUUUAAUGCUUAUCUUACUGAUUAUUGUUGGGUACAUGGUACAAUUCCUCUGAGGCCAGAUGAAAAAUUACCGGUGACUCGUGAAGAAUGGGAUGAGUAUGAUCGCGUAAGACGUAUAAAUUAUAAUUUGUAUUGUGCCUAAUCCAGAAAGCUAUGUUGAAAUCAUAUACUGUUUCUGCAUUGAAGAGAUUUUCUUGAUGAUAGCUUAUUUUAACAUGUUAAAUUACCAUAAGGAUACACUGAUUGAAUUUUCUUUUAUCAGUGGUUAGAAGUUAUACUUUGUGUCAGUUGACUGCCUCUCCUCUGAGGGCAUCAUUGUACAUCAAUCUAAGUACAUAAUAAAGUAAAAGCAAAAUUUUUACAUGGUUGAGUUUGAAAACGUUGACUUGAGGUCUUCAAUUUAAAAGAGACAGUGCAUAUCACUGAUUGCUAGGUCUUGUGUUGUCCUACUAAUAAACCUGCAUAAGUUCGCCUUCAGUCCUUCACUUACCUGGCUUAACGACAGAGCUUAUUGAGGAGUGCCAUCUAAGUCGAGUGUAUCAUAUAAUCUGUAUCAAAACUGUCCACUAACCCCUUUUUCCAAAAAGUAUAUUUUUCUUUGAGUCCCAACUUAUUAAUUUCAAUCAGUGACUGAAGAACAUAUUGUGUACUUUCAAGUUGAUCAUUCUUUUUGAGGAUAUUUCGUUAAUUACUCCCAACUACAAACAUAUUAACCUUUUAAUAGUUAUGAUGUUAUGCCCUAAUACUGUAACUUGUUUAGAAUACCCUAUGAUCACCUUAAAACAGCUUAUUUCAAAUUAUUGAUCUAUUUUGAGCAUCUUAUUCUUUCAAUAUACUUUUGAUCAUUAAUGAUACUAUCUAUGUGUUCAAAAUAAUCAUUCAUUAUUUGCAUAAAAUCACGCAAGAUGCGUGGAUAUAUUGUAUAAUGAACAAGUUUUUAUUUUUUGUCUAGCAUUAACCAAUUACAUUGUUAUGUGCUGUAUGUUUAUAAGGUGGGUGUAACUAUAAGUACAAAACACACAAGGUUUGCAUGUACAAUGCUUUGUCUAGGAACUAUUGAUUAGUUUUUAUUUGUGACUUUUUUGCUCGUAAAUGUUUAUUCCUCAAAAGUGUCCUUAAUUGCUUUCACAGCAAGUUGACAUGUGCUACUCAUUUUCUGUCCCACAUGAACAUGUUGUGUAAUGAACACAUCUUUAUUCUAACUACGGGUAUGUUCCUAGGUUAAUAACUCUUAGGGGUCCCCUGUGAUGACUAUCUAUCUGAAGCAGUCUUGGUUGAUACUGAUUGACCUUGCGGUAUUGCUGUAAACUAGAAAUCACCAAACAGUGUAACUAUUAUCGGGCCAACCUUGAAUAAAUUUAAACCUAUCUGUGUAUACUAGUUUUAGUAGUAUUACUGACAUUUCGGUAAGGCAUCUCAAUGACCUGAACUUUUUUGAUGGGUGAAAUUCUCUAAUCAUCCAAAUAGAGCUAUGAGACAACGAUCUCUAUAAUUAGGAUUAUAAUCCUACCAACAUCCCUAUUAUCUAGUGAGUGACUAAGUGGUUUUUCUAGGUUUUUUAUAAACGAACGAGAAUGAAAUAAAAGUUCUCAUCUAUGUACAUGUUGCAUGCAAUCUUCACGUGCAAGGUAAUCAUUCGCUUUUUUUACUUCCACACUGUUAUUUCUUCUUCAUAUUAAAAGUAACUUUCCUUAUCAAUCAUAAGCGAUCUUGGGAUAUAUUUUUUUGAGGUAAAUAUCGUGAUCCCUUUUCAACUACAAAUACUUUACUAUAGAAGUGUAAUAAAGUAAUCCACUUCAUUGACUACAUCCCACCAAAAAAAUUCAUUUCUUAGCUCUAGUUUUCAUUCUCUGUCAACCUUUUGCGUAUUGAUCAGAUAUUUGAUUUAUUCAUAACUAAUAUUCUUGCUUUUUUGAGUUCUUCGAAAAAAUAUUUUGUCUUUGUUUUUCCUGUUUUACAAUUCAAAUGAAAACAAUUUGCGGUGCAUACAUAUAUGCUGAGAGUUUGUGUAAUUUAUUAGUCUUGUUUUCCCACUUCUCUCUAUCUUAAAUGUGCACAGGUACAUAAUGUGAAAUUAAAUUAAAUACAUAGAUUUUUACAUAGAUCUUUUUUUGAAAUUGCUAUACUUUGUUGGAUAAAUUGGUCGUUGUUUAUCAUCGUGUCUCUUGCUCUAUGCGCGUUUACACGUUUACAUCAUUAAAUAUUCGGUUAUAUCAUCUAAUCAUGUUUAUCGUACAAUCGAUUAAUCGUCUUUAUCGAGGUGAUUUGCAUAUUAGUUUAAUAUGACUUUAAUGAUUUCAGCAUAUAUUUGGAUUUUAACUGAUAAUGGAAUCUGAAAACUCUCAUUCCGUUUCGUUCAGAUCUCGUCAUCUGGAUGUCUUCAGACCUUAAUUUUGAUGACAGCACCGAGACUCCAAACCAUAACUUCUCUUCUUCAACGACAAUGCAUUAUUCAUUGCUGACCAUAAAUUAGAGAUCAUAAAAACAUGUGACUAAAUAAAAAUAGAUCCAAGACGUAUCUCUCCAAAUGUACCUAUGCUAAUUAAGACUGGUCGAUAGCAUUCCUUAAUAUGAGCAAUGGGAAAAUAUCAAUCCUCACACAGUCUUUUUAGCGUUUAGUAUUAAAUUGUACAAUAAAUUUAUUUGUUAACUGCUUACUGAAUAAUUAUUGAUCUACAGUGUUUAAAAACAAAUCUAUGGGAUUUAGGAAGUCAAAAAGUUUCAUCUCUUAACAAUUCAUUAGUUUGAUUCAGCAAUUAGCAUUCAAGCUGUUUUCAUAAUUCAAGAUAAUAAUUAAUAUCAUUUUAAUUUGCGGAAUUCUCUUUCUCACCUUACUCGAUUAAGUAGCCGUUUCUCUAAUAAUUAUGUAAUACAGUUGCUCUGUUGUUAUCAUCGUACAAAAGAAAAUUAUCUUUUACUGUAUGUGUUUAAUCCUACAGCCUAUUAUCAGUGGGUACCAUUUGUUCUCGGGCUGCAAUGUAUAUUUUUCUACAUUCCACAUAUUGCAUGGCAGGCUGUAUGUGCCCAUAGAUCCGGUGGAGAUUUGUUUGCUCUUGUAAAAGCCGCUGCUGAUGCCGCAAUUUCUGAACGUGGUCCUCGUAAGAGUCAAGUUAAACGUGUGGCUGAAUUUUUGGAAGAUAUGAUUGAUGGUCAUAAGGAUUGUCGACAUGGUCGUCGGAUGAAUUUAACUAGACGUGCAUAUGACAUGUGUGGUAUAUGUGUUGUUAGUAAACGACUUGGAACAUGCCUUGUAUUUUCAUAUUUAUGUGUUAAAAUCAUAACAAUUAUCAAUGCAAUUAUGCAAGUAUAUUUGAUUCAACGUUUUCUUGGUUUCUAUGCUGAUGGAAGUGCCGGACAGAAAAGUAUGCAAUUAGGGAAACCAUACGAAGCUAACUCGGCAGUUGCAGCAAUGUCGAAUCAAGAAAAUGAAGAUUUAGAAGGUUUCGGAUUCGGAUUAACUGUUGCCAACCAUAUACGUGCUGGACGCGAUUGGCCAGAGACAAUUCUAUUCCCACGUGUAGCUUAUUGUCGUGUCCCAGGUAUUCGCUUAGUAGGUGCUGAAAAUGCUUAUACUGCACAAUGUGCAUUACCUAUAAAUAUGUUAAACGAGAAAAUUUAUAUAUUUUUCUGGUUUUGGAUCUGUUUCCUCAUAGCUGCCAGUAUAUUUAGUUUACUAUUAUGGUUAGUAAGAAUGGUUAUUGCACCAAGGCGUAAAGAUUUUAUUAAACGUUUCUUACGUAUUAAAGGAAUACGUUCAAGAACCGGUCAGGAGAUUACGCGUGCUGAUUUGGACGAAUUCAUUGAUGAUUACCUUCGCCGAGAUGGUGUAUUUUUAGUACGUAUGCUGGCCAUCAACGCUGGUGAUGUGAUCACAUCUGAAAUUGUUAUGGCUUUAUAUGAACAUUACAUUGAUAAUGUUUAUUCAGUGGAUAAUACCCCACAGAAAAGUCUAGAGAAAGAACCAUUGAAAGAUGGAUCAGGUAUACCAUCAAAUUAUGUGUAAAGUUAUUCUUGUGUCCUCUCCUAUAUAUGUGUAUUUUUCAUUCCUCAACUAUUGCUCAUCAGUAUAUAGUUACACUAUAGCAGUAUUACAAACAAUAGUAGUAAUAUCUUACUAGGUAAAAGCUUAGCAAGGAAGUGUACAACACAAAAUUGAUUUUUUUUCUACGAAUAUAACAAAUCUACUUUUAAUUCUUGUUAUAUUGUAUUAUGGUUUUUGUUUGCACAGUUUAGAAUUUCUUCCUACUUUUGUAUGGUUUAACUUUUUUAUCAACGAAACUGUACCACUUUUACUACUACUAAUACUGAUUUCAAAUGCCUUACUUUUAUAAUGGUUUUUUUUAGCUUUUAUUAUUAUUAUUAUUAUUAUUAUUAUUACUAUUACUAUUAGUAAUACUCUUGUCAACCAGUUUUUAGAUAGUAUGUACGUGAAGAUCUGGAUUUGAUCGACCUGUUUUGAAAUUGUGCCUAUUCCUUCUUUUUAUAAUAAUUUUUUAUAUUACUAUUACUACAGUACUAUUUCUAUUGUUAUUAUCAUUGCUAAGAUGCCUACUACUAAUUACUAUUAUUAUUAUCAUUUUUAUUGUUCGUAUCUAUCUUCUUUCAAAACCAACAAUUUAAUUGUACUGAAAUGAUUGCGAUCCUGACAAUUUUUACACUUUUGUGACGAUUAAUAAAAAUAAAGGAAUCUGUUGGGACUUU